AAAACGCAGACUGAUGAUCCAGCUGCUGAACGCUGACAUGGAUACAACUGCGCCUUUCCACUGAAACGGGACGCAUUCCAGCGUGAACUGUGACGCCGCGGGGACGCAAACGGCGACGGGAAAACUUUUCCUUUUCUCUCACGACUGGACUCAUGUAAACUCGCCAUGUCCAAGACUCUGAAGAAGAGGAAGAACCACUGGACCAACAAAGUCCACGAGAGUAUCCUUUGCAGGAAUGAGGAGGGGGAGUUGGGGCUGGAGCUGAAGGGCGGCGCGGAGCACGGACAGUUCCCGGUCAUCGGCGAGCUCCUCCCGGGCAGAGCCGCAUGCCACAGCGGGAAACUCCUCCAGGAGGAUCUGCUGCUGGAAGUCAACGACACCCCGGUGGCCGGACUCACCACCAGGGAUGUCCACGCUGUGGUCAAACACAGCAAAGACCCCAUGCGGCUCAAGUGUGUCAAACAAGGAGGUGUGAUCGAUAAGGACCUCCGCCGGUACCUCAACCUGCGCUUCCAGAAAGGUUCAGUGGAUCACGAGCUGCAGCAGAUCAUCCGGGACAACCUGUACCUCCGAACCGUCCCCUGCACUACUCGGCAGCCCAAGGAGGGAGAAGUCCCAGGCGUGGAUUAUAAUUUUGUGACCAUCGACCAGUUUAUGGAAUUGGAGAAAAGCGGCGCUUUGCUGGAGAGUGGAACAUAUGAAGAAAACUUCUACGGCACCCCGAAGCCUCCAGCUGAGCCCAGCGCUCUGCUGCUAAAUGUAACAGACCAGCUGCUGCCGGGCGCCAGACCCAGCUCCGAGGGCAAGAGGAAGCGGAACAAGUCCGUCAGCAACAUGGAGAGAGCCAGCGUCGAGCCCCCCAAAGAGGAGGAGGAGGAGGAGGAGAAGCCCGUCGUCAACGGCAACGGCGUCGCCGUCACCCCAGAGUCGAGCGAGCACGAAGACAAGAGCACAGACGCUUCAGGGGACGUUGGACCUCAGAGUAACCCGGCAGAGGCCCCUGCAGAGGUACCCCAGGAGGACGGCCAGUCCCCGAAGACGGUGGUCCCCAAACCAGAGGAGAACGACGAGCUAGGACCGCUGCCUGACAACUGGGAGAUGGCUUACACCGAGAAAGGAGAAGUCUACUUCAUCGACCACAACACGAAGACGACGUCGUGGCUCGACCCGAGGCUCGCCAAGAAGGCAAAACCGCCGGAGGAAUGCAAAGAGGAUGAGCUUCCUUACGGCUGGGAGAAAAUCGAUGACCCCAUUUACGGCAGCUACUACGUCGAUCAUAUAAAUAGAAGAACCCAGUUUGAGAACCCGGUUCUGGAGGCGAAGAGAAGACUCCAGCAGCAGCAGCAGAUGCAAAGUCAGGGUCUGUCCUCACUGCCCCUUCCCGCUAUCUACAGAGCAGAGGAUGCCAGCCCCAGCGCCACCCUCCCCAGACGCCCUUGCGCGCAGGUCGGCCCGGCGCCCGAGCGCUGCCACAGCCUCGGCGACCUGUCCCGCUCCCCGAAAACCGGUCGCCGGGCUCCCUCGUACGCCACCUCCUCUUCCGCCGAAGUGUCUCCGCUCCGGAGCGUUCUGACUCGGCGGAUGAACACGUGCACUCAUAGGCAGCGGCAUCCGCAGCCCCUUUACGCCUCUGCCUGCACCGUUCUGCUCGAGCAGCCCGUGUGCAGCCCCUAUUCCCUGUGGCACAUCGUCAAGAAGCCCCUGUUCACCCGAGACCCGACUCAGCUGAAAGGCAGCUUCCUGUCCACGGCGCUCCAAAAGAGCAACAUGGGGUUCGGCUUCACCAUCAUCGGUGGGGAUGAGCCCGAUGAGUUCCUCCAGGUCAAAAGCGUUAUUCCUGAUGGACCCGCCGCAGCCGAUGGCAAGAUGGCCACAGGGGACGUCAUCGUCUACAUUAACGACGUCUGUGUUCUGGGAACGACCCACGCUGAUGUGGUUAAACUCUUCCAGUCGGUUCCCAUCGGUCAGAGCGUGACGCUCGUGUUGUGUCGCGGCUACCCUUUACCGUAUGACCCAGAAGACACCUCCAACACCAACAACUCCACCACCACCAUCAUCUCCCCUCUGGGCAUCAUGGAGCAACGGCCCAUCAUGGUGAACGGCAGAACCGGCUACGAUAACUACCUGGACUACCUGACGCGUACGGCGCGCUUCGUCACAGACCCCAGUCAGGACCACGUCAACUGCCAGCAGCCGCCGCUUCUCACCGCUCACCCGGGCGACACCCACCUGGACGGCUCGCUCCCGGCCAACACCGGCACCACGCCACCCGACAGCGUCUCCAUGGCGUCGUCGGGGGCAACCCAAGGGGAGCUGCUGACGGUGACGAUGGUGAAGGGCGUGGACGGGUUCGGCUUCACGAUCGCAGACAGUCUGACGGGUCAGCGUGUCAAGCAAGUCCUGGAGCCUCAGGGCUGUCCGGGUCUGUGCGAAGGUGACCUGAUCCUGGAGAUAAACAAGCAGGCAGUGGCCGGAUUCACCCACACGCAGGUGGUGGAGCUGCUGAAGGAGUGUACAGUGGGAGCAGAGGCCAGCCUGGUGGUGCAGAGAGGGGGCACGGGUCACUAUUCACCCUGGAAGACUCCAAAACAGGUACUGGAGCAGUGGGAGUUCCAGCAGGGUCAGAACAGCCCCGCUCAGACCAGCCGCUCUGCUCCCAUUGUCUCCCACAGCGCCCCCUUCCCAACACACCAUCUUCACAUGGCCUCGGUCCCGGACUCAGCCUCCGAGGCCUUGGCACUGGUCAAACCUGACCCCUAUGACCUUUUUGAGAAGUCCAUGGCUAUCUAUGAGAGUAGGCAACCUGUUCAACCAAGGACCGUUUUUCCUGUGGACUCUACUGGAGCAGAGUACCAGGACAUCGAGGUCCACCUGCGCAGACAGAAGUCUGGGUUUGGCUUUCGGGUGCUGGGCGGUGACGAGGCCGGGCAGCCUGUGAGUGUGGAGACACGUGAGAAGAUUCUUAUUGGAGCGAUCAUAGAGAAGAGUCCAGCAGAUCUAGACGGGCGAUUACGGCCGGGAGACGAGCUGCUGUUUGUGGACGGGAUCCCAGUGGUGGGGAAGGCGCACAGAUACGUCAUCGACCUGAUGCACGCUGCGGGGCGCAACGGACAAGUCAACCUGGUCAUCAGGAGAAGGACGCAGGCAGGAGGUGAGUCGUGUCCAGAAAACAGCCGCAGUCCGGGCUCCGCCUCCACGCAGCACAGCUCGCCUCACAGCGACUACACGUACGCAAACAGCACCAGCCAGGCUGCCAACAGUGGCGCGGGCAACGCCUCCGCUACUUCAGACGGGACGUCCGCUGCCAACGCAAAGCCGAGCGACAUCACGAUCAGCAGGAAGGAAAGCGAAGGCUUCGGCUUCGUCAUCAUCAGCUCGCUCAACCGGUCCGAAAUGGCUGCAACCAACACUGUGCCCCAUAAAAUCGGCCGGAUCAUCGAGGGCAGCCCGGCUGACCGCAGCAGGAAGCUGAAGGUGGGAGACCGGAUCCUGGCAGUCAAUGGCCAGUCCAUCGUCAGCAUGCCACACGCCGACAUCGUCAAGCUGAUCAAGGACGCCGGCCUGAGUGUGACUCUGAGGAUCAUCCCACAGGAAGAGCUCAGCAACCCUCCGUCAGCAACAGCCUCGGAGAAGCAGAGCCCCAUGGCUCAACAGCACAGCCCAAAGGCCCAGCCCAACACUGCAGCCUCCCAGUCCAACCCAGCGGCAGUAGAACCUCACCCCUCUGCUGCUCAGCCCAACCCAGCUCCCCAUCACAGCCCUGUGACCCAACUUCCUGUUCCUCCUCCUCAGAUCUAUACCCACGACGGCAGUUACAGAUCUGAGGUGAAGGCCAGACAAGACGUUAAACCAGACAUCAGACAGCCUCCUUUCACGGAUUACCGGCACCCUCCUGUGGCGGACUACAGGCAGCCGCCCACGCUGGACUACAGACAUCCACCGCUGCUGGACUACAGGCCCUUUGCCAUCCCAGACUACAGGAUGCCUCCAGUUCAGCUUUCGCAGGACUUCGACUAUUUCACAGUGGAGUUGGAAAAAAGCAUGAAGGGCUUCGGUUUCAGCAUCCGAGGAGGGCGGGAGUACAAGAUGGACCUGUUUGUCCUACGGCUGGCGGAGGACGGACCGGCCAUCCGCAACGGGAGGAUGAGGGUCGGGGACCAAAUCAUUGAGAUCAAUGGGGAGAGCACCAGAGACAUGACCCACGCCAGGGCCAUCGAGCUCAUCAAGGUCGGGGGCAGACGGGUCCGUCUCCUCCUGAAGAGGGGAACGGGCCAGGUCCCAGAGUACGACAACGCCGUCCCAUGGGAUGGUCGCCCUUCAGCCUCCCCAAGCCUGUUGGAAGUAGGCCCUCCCACUGACAGCCUCUCCAUGCCAACGCCUUCAUCUCAUUUGGCCCCGGCCCUCGACCCUCCUCAUUUGCCUCCUCUAGACGCCUCCCAGGACGCCAGCAGGAUGGAGCGUUCCAAGAGCCCCCAGAAAGCUGAGCUGCUGCUGAACAGAGACGCCAUGAGUCAGGGGAGGAGAAUCGCCAAAAGCGAUGGUGGCGGGUCCACCCAUAAGGGACACAGGCUGCAGCAGCACACUACUGACGGAGACGGGGACAAGGAGGGACAAGGCGUGGAGUCCAAACCUUUGAGGAGCACCAGAGGACGGUCCAAGGAGAGGACUCACUCUCCCGGCGGCUCUAAGAUCCCACACACUAACAGGAACGGCAGGGAAAGCGCAGAGCGAAGGGGCAAGAGCACCAGCAGCGCCACCAGAGCGGGAAGGAAGGCCACGGUCUCGCCCGGUCCGUGGAAGAUCCCUGGAUCGGACAAGCUGCCCAGCACACUGCGCGCAGGCGCGUCCACGCUCAGCAGAUAACAUCGCCGCUGCAGCAGCGUCCACGUUUGUCCGGACUGAACCACCACCUCCACAUCCUCCAACAGACAAACACGAAGCGGUGCGGGCUUAUCUGGACCGCGACUUUUAAAACUUUUAUUUAUACUACUGUAUUUUAAAUUAUUCUGAAGCAUUAUGUUACACCCACCACCUUAAAAACUGGAAAGUCAUUCACUUUAAGAAGAAAGAGCAAUCAGUAGCAGAGCGAGAACUUUCUGAAACCUCUGAACUCCCGAGCUGAGCUGGACAGAAAGCAGGCUUGGAUUUUUUUAUACAUAAAUAUAUUUACUGUUCAAAUUGUAGUCUAUUUUAUGAAGUGGGAUGUUGAAAGGUGACCUAUUAUACUUCUUUGAACCGGUUAGGAUAGAUUUAUUGCUUAUAUAAAACAUAUUUAUUACAUUUUUUGCACAAAAUCAUUCUUAAAUAAUGAGAUUGUAUUAGUUCAGGAGUCAGUUCUCCUUUCAGAAUCAGCUGUGUUAGAGUCUCUGCCACUUUAAGUCCAAUCCAUGACCCCCACUCAGCGUUUACACUUGCACAUGAAAAUGGCUGCAAACAGAUGCGAAAUUAUACAAAAGUAUGUCUUUGAAAAGCAGCAGCGGAGCCUCCUGCGCAACCAACAAGAAUGCAGAAAGUGGUUUUUGCAUGGUAAGUCAAACAAAACAUUUGUCUUUUCUAGCCAAGUAGGUUUGUCUGCAGACGAAGUAGGCUUUUCUAAAGGAAGGCGUUUCUCAAGAGGCACACUUGAUUGGACCAAAUUAGCAUCAUUCAACUUUUUCUUCUUAAAAUAUUGCUUUAAUUUAUUUUAGUUUCAUGAGCUUGAUGUAACUUGGAGGUAUCUGAAUGCCUUAUAGUUACACUUUAAGCACUUUUGACAAACGUAUUGUGUUAGCCAGUUCAAUAACUUCUCCUCCCACCUCUCUUUCCAGAGAGCAUCCAGGUACAUUUCAAAACAAGAGCAUCAACAUAAAUCACAGGGUUUUAAUAACAGUAGCAAUUUUCCUGAGAUUUUUAUCACUAGGAGGCACUAAAUGUUCAACAAAAUUUAUUUUGGUUACUGAAAUGAUGUGAAAACGGACAUAAAAUGUUAAAAGCACUGAAAAACUGUUACUUAGAGUAGCAUUGAGACAAAUAAAUUUUACGCUUAACUUUUUAUGUUCUUGUUGAACUUUUUAAAGCAACCACCAAGUGUGUUUUUUUUUAAGUUUCUGAAAGAUUUCUGCUGCUGGAACGUUUUAGAAACUUUCAGUCUGAAAGCUUUCUAUUUGUCAAAGCUCUCUUUUCCAGCAGCCAUUGUACAGCGCAUACAGCAGUAAAAUUAACUGACCAAACGUGCUGGAGCUCUACUUGGGUUGCUAGGUGACGACCGAGCUGCUGGGUUUGCUAAGUAGCGGGCUGGGCUUCUCUGAGGUUACUAGGUGAAACGUCUCAUUUCCCAGACACUAAAAUACAUUAAUUUAUUGUCAAAAAAUUGCUUUUUUAAGCCUUUGGUCUUGUCUUCAGAAGCAAUAGAAACCCAAAUAAAAGUAGAAAGUUAGUAAAAAAUCCAAAGAAGUAUAAUAGGUCCCCUUUGUAAGAAGGUUUGUCUGCUUUCUGAGGAUUGAAUGAAUCAAAACGUGACAACAGAGAUGAAAUCCACUCAUCAGCCGAGCUUUGCCUUAACAGAGACCGCUCUCAACUAAUCCAUCACAUGAUUAAAGAGAUACUAUAUAAAAAAUAUUAAACAGUUUGUAAAUAAGACCAUCUUCAUAGUGAAGAAUCUUAUAAGAAAACUGAUGAGAGUUCAAGCAAAGCAACUUGGGGUUUCCUCUGCGAUUGUCUGUUUCUGUUUUGUACGAUUGUCUCGUUUAUCCAUUUUUAUCGUCAUUCUUGUGCUUAAGAAGAAAAGAAAAACAAAACAGCAAUGUGUGACGACGGUGUCCGUUCAAACGCUGAGAGAUGAAUGAUGGUGACAGAGAAGCGUGCCUUGGACUGACUACGAGUCUGGCUGCUAUAAAAACACCAACUUCACAUAAAUUUAUUAGAAACUGUAUUUUUUAAAUGUGAUAUAUAAUGAAGUAUAUAAUUUAUUCCACAAGUAUAAUUAUGGACCCAUUAUUUGGGGUCUUUUGUUUGAGCAAAUGGUUCACUUUGGGUAAUCUCUGAUUUGCAAAUCAGGUCCAACACGAUUAUUUUCAAUUUUUAAAAAACCACUUAGUCUUGUUAUCAAAUGUCAGCACCUUUUAACUCAAUUAGUAAGCCUGUUAGUGGAUUUACUACAAGGCAUUAGGGCCCUUGGUUUGUAUUGUAUGUUACUGAGGCUUUAUGAUUGUGUUCUGUUGUUGCACUGUGUGAUUUGAGGAGAGGAAUAUCUGUGCCAAAGCUCAUUUAAGCUGACUUUUUGUUUUAGGAGGAGUUUUUAAGCUAUCAGUUCUGGUCAGUUGUUUACAUUCCUAAUGGGCAUUAAUUGUAGUAAUAUUAGAAAUCCAUUAUUUUACAUGUUCAACAUUCACGGAUUCACCUUUUAUUUUUAUUUUUUUCUGUGGAACGUAAACCUUCAAUUUACCUUUAAGUAUUGAUAAAUAUUCACACUUGGUAGUAUGGUAUACUCGGUUAGAUUUAGGACCAAAAUUGCAACAUUUGUUACAUUUUCAGCUGGCGCGGUUUACUUUCACACCGCAUUGUUUCAAACAAAUCAAACCCUUUGAAAAAAUUGUUCCCCUCCACACCUGUGGGGGCGCUGCACCAAGAACCAUCAAAGGAAAUUACACAAAAAUCUCUGAAGAAGACUUUUUUUGGGGGUCAGAUUUUAGCAUUUGUAGCCUUUCACUUUUGUCUUCAGUAGAAGAUUACAAGCAAUUUCUCUUGCUAGCGCUAGAUACGCAUGUUUGUUUUGGUUGUAUUUACCCAGAAUGCCCUGAUUUUGAAGCAGUUUCCAAUCCACUUGCACUCGAAAUGCACCAGAGUUCACUUCAAGCAAACCAAAGCCUAGGUUUUUAGGUGAACCAGUUUGCUUUUUUGAUCCACAUCAGUUUCUCAAUAAUUUCCCAUUAUGCAGAUAUUAAAUGUCCCUCGCAGUGGUCUUAAACAGUCUUCAGUUUGAGUUGGUGAAACCUGCUCAAACCAAGUUUAUGCCCAUAAUGAGUGUAUGUCAAUUUUCACACUUGUCCGGUAGACUCUGUUAAAUUUGGGACCAAAAUUGCAACAUUUUUAAUUUUCAGCUGGUGCGGUUUGCUUUCACACUGUACUGUUUCAAACAAACCAAAACCUUUGAAAAAACUGUUCCCCUCCCCACCUGUGGGGGCGCUGCACCAUGGAAAGGAAAUUACACAAAGCAAAACUUCAUUGCUUACAUUUCCAAAAAAAAAAAGUAAACAAAAAUGGAGUGGGGUCAAAUUUUAGCGUUUGUAGCAUUUUACUUUUGUUUUGGUAAAAGACUGUUUCUCUUGCUAGUGCUAAAUGCACAUUUGUUUUGGUUGUAUUUACCCAGAAUGCCCUGGUUUAUAGUGCACUUCCUGAUUUUGAAGCUGUUUCCAGUCUGUUUUUAUCCACACAUGCAUUCAAACCACACCAGAGUUUCUUUCAACCAAAUCAAAACCUAGAUUUUAAGGCAAACCGCGGUUUGCUUUUCUGAUCCACAUCAGUUUCUUAAUGUCCUGUGAUACAGAUCUUAAAUUUCAUUCAUAAAGUCUUCAAUUUGAGUUGGUUAAACAUGCAGAUACCCUGUUUAUGCCCAUAACGAGUGUAUGUAAACUUCUGACCAGAAGAGUAUUUGGACACACAGGGCCACAGUGAAAUGCAGAUAAAACUGUUAGCAGUAGAGGGUGGGAGUGACAUGCUCCAGAUAACCCGGGUCAGGAUCUAAUUUUGGACUGGUCUUGACUCUUGAUAAGGUUUCCAAAGGAAAAAAGAAAAAAUAUUUGACCAAACCCAUAGAGAAACAAUAAGAUAGAAGAAAACCUAAUAUAUAUGUAUUUAAAAAGUAUAAUACCAAAACAGAAAACUGCAUUAUUGAUUUAGACUUUGCAAUUUGUUGCUUUUUUCCCAUGUUUUAACUAGGGCUGGACAAAAAAAUCAAUAACAAUACACAUGGUCAAUAUCAAUAGAUGAUACAUGUGAUGGAUUAUUUACAGAACUCCUCCAGAACCGCACAGCAUUCUGGGAAAUGUAGUCGGAUGUAGUUGUAGUUUAUGCUGUAGUUUAGCUGCUCAACCUCUCACAGCCAGUUCAGCUAAUUUGGUGGAAUCAACUGACUCAGUCACUCUUUGGCUGCCUAGCAACUCACUCAUUCUCUGGCUGCCUAGCAACAACAUGUUGAGUAACUUGCGCAGCAGCAGUUUCAUGUCUCAAAAUAAAAAUUGGGGUGAAGUGAAAACUGAGAAUAAAACAGGAAGGUUCACGUCACCAGUAUGGCAGUUUUUAAGAUAUUUAAAAUAAAAAAAUCUGAUCAAUAAUUAUCGAUAUUUGCUGAUAUGAAAUGCUUAUAUCGUCCAGCCCUAGCUCCUUUGUGAAUCUAAUGAGUGCAGCUCAUGUCAAGCAGAAAAAAAGCACACCAAUCUUCUUUUCUGUUUUACUUUUUAGGCUUUACUUCAUUGAUGUUUUGACAGUAAAUAACUCAAAGCAUAAACCCACUUUUUUAAGCAAAUUGUUUUUUUGGGGGGGGUUAAAAAUUCUUGUUCUGUCAUCUGUACCUGGUAAUAUUCCCCCUGAGAAAUCCAGCAUUAAAGUUUCCUUCCUCUGCUCGGCUAAAGGAAGUGCUCAGAGCUUUUAAAAGAGCAAAGGGAGACGGGGACUCAUUAUGUUUGCCGCUGUAAUCCGUAAUUACACAAGGACUAAGCUGACUGAUUGUAAAACAGAAUCCAGCACAGAGGAGGAGGAGAAAAUCAUCAGCUCGGCUCUUCGGCCUCGACCUAAACGUUGUGCGGGAAUGUUUUUUCUCUCACGAAAUCACUUGAGUUUGACACAGAAGCUGAAACUUUUGCACAAGUCGCUGCUUUCCUUCUCCGUGGAGCCAAACUGUGAGCAGAAGUCGGAGAAUGUUUCGUUUGAUGACGCGUUUCCCCCACAGCACCCGAGCAGCUCUGUUUCACUGUGUGGAGUGUUAGCAGUGUGUAGACCCUGAACAAAUAUCUCUAUGUAGAAGAAGUGUAACUAUUGAUGGUCCCAGAGACUGUAAGAAGUGAGCAACUAUUUUUAUUAAAAUGCAACACUAUGAAUAUAUUAACUUUUGCAAAAAAAACAACAAAAAAAAAACUUGUUUACUUGUAUCAUAUUCUGAGAUGCUGUCAAAAUAAAAUUCUUGACACGAACAAUUCA